AUGGGUCGCUUAGCAGAGAUGCAAAGGAAGCUCCUCGAGCAAAUGAUGGGCCCGGAGGCAAUGGGUGUAUCCAACGCCAACCUCCACUGGUCCGACGAGAAAGUAUGCAAGAACUUCCUCUGCGGAACCUGCCCCCACACCCUCUUCACCAACACAAAAAUGGACCUCGGCGCAUGCCCCAAGUCGCACACGGAGCGGCUGAAGACCGAGUUCCUGGCCGCGCGCGAGGCGAACCCGACCGACCCCAUCUUCGCGCGCUUCCAGACGGAGUACGAGUCCAACAUCUUCGCGUUCGUCGACGAGUGCGACCGCAGGAUCCGCGCCGCGCACAGGCGGCUGGAGAAGACGCCCGAGGAGAACGCGAAGACGACGAACUUGAUGAGGGAAAUUGCGGAGAUCGAGCUUGCCAUUCAGGGUGGUACCGAGAAGAUUGAGACGCUCGGUGAGCAGGGCAAGGUGGACGAGUCUAUGAGGGAGAUGGCGGCCAUUGAGGCGUUGAAGAGCGAGAAAGCAGACAAGGAGCGAGAACUGCAACAACUCACCGACACGUCGGGCGCGUCUGGCCACCAAAAGCUCCGUGUCUGCGACGUUUGUGGUGCUUACCUCUCCGUCCUCGACUCCGAUCGUCGUCUCGCCGACCACUUCGGUGGUAAGAUGCAUUUGGGUUACCACGAGCUCCGCAACAUGUUGCUGAAGUUCAAGGAGGAGCGCGAGAAGCGCAAGGCCGCGGGCCAGCCCAUGGGACCUCCCGCAGGCGUUCCCGGCUCUGGUGCGCCCCCAGGUGCCACGCCCGGGCGCGGCGGAGACCGCGACUUCCGCUCAUCGCGGGAUGACUACCGCGACCGUGAGCGGGGCGGUUACGGCGGGGGACACUCGUCGCGAUACGAGUGA